GGCAUAUCCUCUAUAAUUACAGUAACCUUGCUUCUCUUCACCAUACACUUUAAAGACACAAAACAAAUAAAAUAUCUCAGUGAGCUUAAUCAAAGAGCAACAAUGACGGAGGAGGUGAUUCUUCUGGAUUACUGGCCGAGUAUGUUCGGAGUGAGGACAAGGAUUGCUCUAGAGGAGAAAGACAUCAAAUUCGACUACAGAGAACAAGACCUGUGUAAUAAAAGUGCCUUGCUCCUCGAGAUGAACCCGGUUCACAAGAAAAUACCGGUUCUCAUCCACAAUGGCAAACCAGUCUGUGAAUCUCUUAUCCAGGUCAUGUACAUCGACGAGACUUGGCCAGGUAAAAACCCACUCCUUCCUUCUGAUCCUUACCAAAGAGCUCAAGCCAAGUUUUGGGGAUAUUUCAUCGACAAAAUGGUGCCGGGUCUAGCGAAGUUGAUGUGGGGAGCGAAAUUUGAGGAGCAAGAGGCUGGGAAGGAGUUCAUAGAGAUGCUCAAGACUGUAGAGUCCGAGCUUGGAGACAAGACUUACUUUGGAGGCGAAACAUGUGGUUAUGUGGACAUAGCUCUGAUUGGAUUCUACUGCUGGUUCGACGCUUUUGAGAAGUAUGGGAACUUUAGCAUCGAAGCAGAGUGUCCACAAAUUAUUGCUUGGGCUAAGAGGUGUGUGAAGAGAGGCAGUGUGGCUAAGUCUCUCCCUGAUUCUGACAAGAUCACUAAGCUCGUUCCUGAGAUAAAGAAGAAAAAGGGAAUCGAGUAGUUCUGUUCUUUUCUGUUUGAUUUAUGCUCUAUUUCAAGUUAGCAUAAUAACACAAACAUUAUGAUCUAUGUAAGAUUAUGUCUCAGGUUUGUAACAUUAGGAGAAAUGCUUAAAUGGUAUUUAGUUUUUUUUUUCUUUUUAUCUUGAUCGGUGGGAAGAGAACGGAAGAAGAUUCUGAUACAUUGAGCGUAG